CUGAGGUUGCCCCAGCCAUCGGUCCUGAGCACCUGCAGGAGCUGCUGCAAGGGCAGAGUCUGCCCUAAGAGCCCUGUGCGGCACCCACUCCUCUGGAUGGGCUUUGUGCUGCUCUGCAUUAAUUUAUAGCUGUGUGCUAUAGGUCCUUCCUCCUGGGUGGCGUGGGGGUGGUACGGAGAGGUUGAUCAGGUGAGUAACCCCUGUGUCUCAGCUUUAUCUGAAAGCAAUCAGGAGGAAAGGCACAUCUCCUGCGCCGGUGGGGCUGAGCUCCCCUCCCUGAGGUGGGGGUCAGGGAUUUCUCCCCCUUUAUGGGAGGGGGGCAGAGGCUCACCUUUCCUUUCUGAGCACCCCAGGGGGCUGCUGCCAAGGUGGGGAUUUGGCUGGGUGCUUUGGGACACGGGGAGGGACGUGAGCUGGGAAUCUAGGCUCUGGCAGCCUGUGGGUGAAUGGGAAUCCCCUGCAAAGUGAGCAGCCCGGUUUGCAGGUGUCCUGCCUGAACACAGGUGUCACUGCUCAGGUUAUUUUCUGCUCAGUGCUCACUUAGCAUCUCUAAUAUCCCAGGGACUGAAUGUAACAGGUACACACCUGUGUGUGUCCAAAAACAGCCAGACUGGAUGUGGCACUGAUGCAGUCUUGUCGAGGAGCUGAGUUUUGCAGCUAAAAUUAUUCUCUGUGUCUUCUCGCCGCCUUUGUUUUGGAAGCAAAUGGCUCUCUAGCUGCAUUGAAUUGCCUGGCUACCUUGCAUAGCCGGGAUCUAGUUACCUCUGGAGCUGGGAGUCCUGUCUCCAGGUGGCACGGAGGCUUUUGUUUUUAAUGACUUGCUCCGCUGUGUUCAGAGUGUGACAAUGUAGGGGAGCCUGCCAGGACCGGCUGCUGGUGCCACCGUGCUCGUACCGUGAUGGCUGCGGCCGGGCUGGGAAAGCUAACAGGAGUCGGGAUGUCUUGGGCCAAGCAUCCGUGGCACAGCGCUGGGUCAAAAAUGGAAGAAAUGGGUCUAGUGAGGAACACAGCUCUGUGCUGUGUCCUGGGAAGCAAGCUGGAUUGCAUCCUUCCCUAUCCUGAUGCUUGGGUGGAAGGAAAGUGUGGCCAAAUGCAGCUGUACGGCCCCAGCCUGCAGCAGGGCAGCCCCCAGAAAGACCAAGGAGCAGCAGGGAAUGGUGCACAGCCGGGAUCUCGCCUCCCUCCCCGUGCCACGAGCUAUCUCUGGCCUCCUGUUAAUGUUUACAAGGCAGGUCCGGUGUCGUUGCGGUCUGUCCAAAGACCAGAUCUCUCCCAGCUCUCCCCGGGAUCCUGCUUCCUGCUGGCCGGGGCAGGGCCGUGGGACGCUCGCAGGGAGGAAAAACCCGGCUCCCCGCUGCCUCCAUAACACUAUCGGCCCUGCUCUCCCUCCGGCCAUCUCCAGCUCCGCUUCCCGGCUCGCGGGUGCAGGUACUCCAGGGUGAGCUCCUGGGACCUGGCCAGCACGCCAUCGCCCUGGGCAUCUCCGCUUACAGGCGGCUCCUGCCAGGCGGAGGCGGGAGAAAGAUGAGUAAUGCCACACGUGCCUUGCCCUCUCCCAUGGCACCGGGCACCCCGGGGCCAAGCACAGCACCCAGGCUGGCCUCAGCUCCACCAUCCCCGGCCGUCGCCCUGCUCCUGGCCACCCACAACGACUCCCAGGACAGCCAGCAGCUUUUCCUGACCACGACAGCAGCGCAGGUCAUCUCCGGCAUCUUCGUGUGGUCAGCGCUCAUUGUCACCUUCCACCAGAUCUACACACACCUGAGGAAUUACACCGUCCCCAAGGAGCAGCGCUACAUCAUCCGCAUCCUCUUCAUCGUGCCUAUCUAUGCCUUCGACUCCUGGCUCAGCCUCCUCCUCCUCGGCAGCCACCAGUACUAUGUCUACUUCGACUCGGUGCGCGACUGCUAUGAAGCUUUCGUGAUUUACAGCUUCCUGAGCCUGUGCUUCGAGUACCUGGGAGGGGAGAGCACCAUCAUGACAGAGAUCAGAGGGAAACCCAUUACGUCCAGCUGCUUUUACGGGACCUGCUGUCUUCAAGGCAUGUCCUACUCCAUCGGGUUCCUGCGCUUCUGCAAGCAGGCCACGCUGCAGUUCUGCAUCGUGAAACCCCUCAUGGCGAUCGUCACCAUCAUCCUGCAGGCGUUCGGGAAGUACCAUGACGGGGACUUCAACGUCCGAAGCGGCUACCUCUACAUCACCAUCAUCUACAACUUCUCCGUUAGCCUGGCACUUUAUGCCCUCUUCCUCUUCUACUUUGCCACCAUGGACCUGCUGCGCCCGUUUGAGCCAGUCCUCAAGUUCAUCACCAUCAAGGCAGUCAUCUUCCUCUCCUUCUGGCAAGGGACGCUGCUUGCAAUCCUGGAGAAAUGUGGGGUGAUCCCUGAAGUUCAGAUCAUCGAUGGGAAGGAGGUGGGAGCUGGGACAGUGGCUGCCGGCUACCAGAACUUCAUCAUCUGCAUCGAGAUGUUCUUUGCUUCUAUUGCCUUGCGCUACGCGUUCACCUGCCAGGUGUACAGAGAAAAGAAAGAAAACUCAACAGCAAACCUUGCCCCAAUGCAGAGCAUCUCGAGUGGGCUGAAGGAGACCAUAAGCCCCCAGGACAUCGUGCAGGAUGCGAUCCAUAACUUCUCGCCCGCGUACCAGCAGUACACCCAGCAGUCGAUGCAGGAGGCAGAGCACAAAGCACCGGGGGAGAACGGGCACGUGGCCUCCAAGGUGGAGGGACUGAGCAGCAGAAAGAGCAAAAACAUUGAGAAGAGAGUGCUGAUCCUGUCAGAUGAGGAGCUGUAGGAGACAUCCGAGGGGACAGCGACACUGGAGAGCUUUAAACCCAUGCAAAUGGGAGGUGUCUUGAGACUGAGACAACCUGAUCUAAUCGGAGUACUAAGAAGCCAGGAACUCUACCCAAAAAGCCAGUCUCUCGAAGGGAAGAUGCAAUAACCCAGGGAAAGGUUAAAUCAAAUAGUGCCAGCUUCUGCUGUCCCAUCUCUACUGGUGUUAGGGACUGGGCUGACCUUGCUCCUGCGACUAAGCAGCGCUGCGUUGCUGCCUGGGCUUUGCAGCCCCACUGCCAGUGCUUUGACGCCAGCCCCGUGCCCGUGCCCGUGCUGGGGGAUGCCAGGCGGGGCAGGGAGCCGGGCUGCAGGAUGGACCGGCCGCCCUCGCCCUCCUCUUACCUCCAAGCAGCACAAAGGCCUGAGAGAUGCUUUUCUCAGCACAGUUCUGCUCUAGUUUCUCCCAAUUUGAGUAAAAAAUGAUCUCGAAGGGCCCCGUGGAGAAAACCAGCCCAGGAAGGUGACUUCACUUCACCUCAAAACCCCGUAACAGUUGAAAGACGUCAUUCCUUAUUUUUACAUCCUUUCCCCUCUCCUUCUCCCGCAAAAGCCUACGGAGUUGUGCGUAAGACCUUUACCAGGGAGGAAGAGCAAGUCAUCCUCUUCUCCCUCCAGAUGGGGAUGCAGCUGCCUGAGUAACUCCCCUGGGAGCGGCAGUGAGGUCCCACUCGGGGCUAAUGCGUGGUCUGGCAGCUGCAGUUCUGAGAGCAGCCGGUGACAGAAGUGCUUGUUUAUGUCUAAAGCGACUUAUCGCUGAACGGAUCAGAAGUUAAAAGGGAUUCCAGCUUCCUUAUCAGAGUCUUUAUUAGGGAACCAGACUGUGACUGGUGGUGGUAGGAAUGCGCUUAUUGGGAACGGUCUGUUCCUCCUAACCCCUCGCUAUUUACCAUCCCUGGGCUCUGCCCAACCUGCGGGAAGGCAGGCGGGAGCUGAGCCCGGCUGGGUGACGGUGGUGGGGAUGGAGAGGUGCUGGGGGCUGCCGCCGCUCGGGGCAGGACCGCGGGCGAGGGAAGAUGCUGCUUGGAGGGACUUUACCCAUAUCAGUGAUGGAGAGCGCGCAUCCUUCUGUUAAACUUGCUCUGUUUUGGUUUGGUUUUUCUCCUAAUUUUUAGUCCAAUUUCUGUUCUCUUGUUAAUCAGAUGAUCCCUUAGGUACUGGCCAGGCUGUUGUUUGGGGGUGGGAGCUGGGUGGUUGAAAGGACAAAGGCAAGCCUACAGCCUCAGAUUUGCAGUCAUGUGGCAAACAAACCGAUGGGUAAGACUUAGAGCCAUUUCACACAGUUCCUAGUGUCUGGGUUUUUUUUUUUUUCCCCUGCUCUUAAGCUGCAAAAUGUAAAUCACAACAUGAAAUUAUUUUAUUUAUGAAUUUUUUUCUAAUAAACAGCAAUUUCUGCC